AUGGAACCAUCUAAGUCAAAGAGGAAUACUCAUUUCUCAGCAAAUGAAAUUACUGCAAUCGUAGGCGGCGUAAGUAGGAGAAAAAGCAUUAUUAAUGGGAGUCUAUGUGGGUCAACGGUGACCUGCAGCCAAAAAAAGAAGAGAGCAUGGGAAGAGGUUGCCGAUGAGGUUUGGGCUGUUGGAGGUAGCGUUAGAACAGUUGAGGAGAUAAAGAAAAAGUGGUCCAACAUCAAAGUAGAGAGCAAAAAGCAAGGAGCAUUGCAUCGUCAUGAAUCCAAUAAGACAGGGGGUGCACCUGCGGCACUCGAUGACGAGUGCCAGAAAAUACUGGCAACGAUUGGAGAUGCUGCUAUCUAUGGUAUCAAAGGUGGACUAGAAGGUACCAUUAACUGUGAAGGUAAAGUAUAA